GCGUGGUCCGUAGUUUCAUUCGCCGGUUAUCUACCUCCCCUUCUGGUUGCAUUGCUUCCUUCAGCUCUUCCAAGCAAUCUCAAAAGAAACCAAUCAUCAUGGCAUCUUUCCUGAACAAGAAAUACAAGCUCGUCUCUUCCGAUAAAUUCGACGAGUACAUGCAAGAACUGAAAAUUGGUUUCGUGAUGCGCAAGCUGGGGAACAGCGCGACCCCGGUGGUGGAAUUGACCUGCGAAGGCGACGAGUACACCAUGACCACAACCACGAUGCUCAAGACGACUACUAUCAAAUUCAAACUUGGCGAGGAAUUUGAGGAGGAGAGAGGCGAUGGAGCUAAAGUCAAGUCUACGAUUACCCUCGACGGUAACAAAAUGACUCACAUCAUGAAGGGUGACCCUGAAUCGACCAUCAUCCGAGAAUUCAACGGCGACGAAAUGAAGGCCGUGUUGACCGUCAAUGAUGUCGUUUGCACACGUAUCUACAAAGCCGAAUAGAAUGAAUCAAUUGUUCAUGGAAAAGCUUUCGGUUAAUUCCUGUUACUCUUCAAAUGCAAACUAAGAAUCUGAACUUGAGAUCUGUUUCUUGCCAGUUA